AUGAUGAUGAAAGAUCCAGGUUAUGAUGAUGAUGGUGAAAAUGAUAUUAUGAUUAUGGUGAUAGUCGCAUGGAAGAAAGCCAGAACCCAGUCAUCCAACUUUGCCACUCAGGUAACCAGGCUGGCUGCGAUUAAGGAGGCGUUAAAAAGACAGCUUGAGCGGCUGAAAUUGGAAAAUCCUGACAGGCGAGUAAUCCUGAUACAAUUCGACAGAGAGGUGACAGUCCUUGGGGAUGGAAGUCAGGAACUGUUCCAGGUCGACAGGAAUAUCAGACACUCAUUUGACAAUCUUAUAGGUAGUGGCCAACAAUAUGCCCAGCAAAUGGACUUCCGUACCCUGGGGGAAAGUUAUAAUGACCUUAUAGAGAAAAUCAGUAGCAUGCGUACAAAGAAUACAACAGCCCUCGGACCAGCGCUAGCAACAGCUAUCGGCAUGGUCACCGGAACCAAAGGUUCAGAGGUUAUCCUGUGUACUGAUGGUGCCCCAAAUAGUGGCGUUGGUAAAAUGAACAGCUCAGACUCCAGUUGUAAGGGUUUUUACACCAAGGUUGGUAACUACACUAAAGAACAUGGAAUAGUUGUUUCGAUCAUUGCGGUUGACGGGGAACCUGUUGGACUUGAAAAUGUGUCUCCCUGCGCCAAUAUUUCUGGCGGGAAUGUUGAUGUCCUCGACCCUCUUGAGAUUAUGAGACAGUUACGUCUGAUUUCCCAAAACUUCAUCGUGGCAACAUCUGUACGUAUGGAAUUCCAUCUUCACCCUGAGCUUGAGAUCGAUGACGACGACUUUCCAAAGGGCAGCAGUCGUAUUAUUAAGGAAGUUGGUAAUGCCACCAGAGACACAGAUAUUACAUUCUUUUUCAGACGAAAAAAUACAGACAGUGAUUUGGAAGUGGAUUGUCUCCCUUUUCAGGUUCGUGUGAGUUUUACAUUGAAAGAUGGACGCAAAAUGUUGAGGAUCCUCAGUAAAUCCAUGAAAGUCACAAAAGACCGAGCUCAGAUGGAGGAGCAGAUGAAUGUUGCUGUGGUGGGGCUGGCUACGGCACAGAAAACGGCUAGUUUAGCUUCCAAGGGAAAAGUGGCAGAAGCAAGACAUAUAUUGUGA